UGAAGUGUCAGUAGGCAGGCACAGAGAACAGCAGGUCUCGACGUCCCUGACAACCCCUAAACUCCCGUGCCAAUAACCAUUCUUAGAUUCGGAAACGGAGCUGGAAGAGUAAAUGUAUUUGAAUUUUAAAGCUUAUUUUGUGAAUUUGGUUUAUCGUUUGAGCUAGAAUAUUGUCAAUUUGAAACACAGCAGAGAAACUCGAGUGGCUUUUGAGGUUUACAGUCCUAACCUACUAGAGACAGUCUUCCCUAUCCUUUGCCAUGGCUUCGACAACCUGUACCAGAUUUACCGACGAGUAUAAUCUCUACGAAGAGCUGGGAAAGGGAGCUUUCUCCAUAGUGAAAAGAUGCAUGAGGAUCUCCAGCGGACAGGAGUAUGCUGCCAAAAUCAUCAACACAAAGAAGCUAUCUGCUCGGGAUCACCAGAAGCUGGAGCGAGAGGCCAGGAUUUGUCGCCUGCUCAAGCACCCCAAUAUCGUGAGGCUCCAUGACAGCAUAUCAGAGGAAGGAUUUCACUACCUGGUCUUUGACUUGGUGACUGGUGGGGAGCUGUUUGAGGACAUCGUAGCCAGAGAGUACUACAGCGAAGCAGACGCCAGUCAUUGCAUUCAGCAGAUCCUAGAGGCCGUGCUCCACUGCCACCAGAUGGGCGUGGUCCACCGCGACCUGAAGCCUGAAAAUUUGCUCCUAGCCAGUAAGCUGAAGGGAGCAGCGGUAAAGUUGGCAGACUUUGGUCUGGCCAUCGAGGUGCAGGGAGACCAGCAGGCAUGGUUCGGUUUUGCGGGAACCCCAGGCUACCUGUCCCCAGAGGUCCUGAGGAAAGACCCCUAUGGGAAACCUGUGGAUAUGUGGGCCUGUGGUGUGAUUCUCUACAUUCUCCUGGUGGGCUACCCUCCCUUCUGGGACGAGGACCAGCACAGACUGUACCAGCAGAUCAAGGCUGGGGCUUACGAUUUUCCGUCUCCUGAGUGGGACACAGUGACCCCCGAGGCCAAAGACCUGAUUAACAAGAUGUUGACCAUCAACCCUGUCAAGAGGGUCACCGCCACAGACGCACUCAAACACCCCUGGAUCUGUCAACGCUCCACGGUGGCGUCCAUGAUGCACAGACAGGAGACGGUGGAGUGCCUGAGGAAGUUCAACGCCAGAAGGAAACUCAAGGGUGCUAUCCUCACCACCAUGCUGGCCACACGCAACUUCUCAGCAGCCAAGAGCCUGCUCAACAAGAAAGCUGACGGCGCCAAGAUCAACAACAACAAGACCAAUGUAGUCACCAGCCCCAAAGAGCCCCCCACUCUGGAGCCUCAAACCACUGUCAUCCACAACCCAACUGAUGGAAACAAAGUAGAGUCCAGUGAGAGUGCAAACACCACCAUGGAGGAUGAGGACGUGAAAGCUCGUAAGCAGGAGAUCAUCAAAGUGACUGAGCAGCUGAUUGAGGCCAUCAACAAUGGAGACUUUGAAGCCUAUACGAAGAUCUGUGAUCCCGGGCUUACAUCCUUUGAGCCAGAGGCUUUGGGAAACCUAUUGGAGGGAACCGACUUCCACAGAUUCUACUUUGAGAACGCUCUGUCCAGGGGAAAGCAAGGGCCCGUCCACACCAUCCUGCUCAACCCCCACGUGCAUCUGAUCGGCGACGACGCGGCAUGCAUCGCUUACAUCCGCCUCACCCAGUACAUGGACGCCAGCGGCAUGCCACGCACCAUGCAGUCGGAGGAGACCCGCAUCUGGCACCGCCGCGACGCCAAGUGGCAGAACAUCCACUUCCACCGCUCCGGCUCGCCCACGGUGCCCGCCAAAUAAGUUGACUGGAGUUGAGGAGCCCCUAGCCUACAGCUGUCAGCUGACCUGCAGAAUUUGCCUACUAAGUGUGUGACAUCCUCGCCCAAUCCCAUCGCUACAACUUCGCCCUCUGAGUGUUGUUUACAUAUCGUCGCUGCUGGACUGAAGAUUUUUCUUGUAAAAUAUAAAAAGGAAACAACAAUCUUGACGAUAUAAUUUUAUAGAGAAAAUGUUGGUGUUUUAUCGCAUUGUUCCAUUCUUCUCAGUCUCAUCGCAGGACAUUUAUGACUGAAACAUAUAUAUAUUUUUUAUUUUAAUACAAUAAUUUCCUAAUUUUAAACAUGUUUUAAGUUUGAAUGCCAUAGGAAAAUGAAUAGAGUACAUGCCAGAGUUGUUGACGAUAUGUGAAGUUUGCAAAUUUGUGGGUUUAUGAGAUAUAUCUGAGAGAUUUUCAAUCUUAAAUAAUAUACAGUAAUACAGUGUCGUCCGUAAUUAUUAGGACGGUGAAGCAUUUUUUUCUUCUUUUGAAAUCGUGGCUGAAGUUUAUAGUGCAGACUGACAGCUUUAAUUUGACGUUAUGUUCAUCCAUAUCGGCUCAACCGUUUGGAAAUUACAGCGCUUUUUGUACACAGUCCCCAUUUUAUGGGACCAAAAGUAUUGAGACAAAUUCACUUAAAUCUGUAUACAGGAUAAUCCUGAAUGACUCGUGAAUAAUGAUGAGUGAGAAAGUUAGACGAACAAAUGUCAUACCAACACAUGCUAACCUUUCACCAUUACAAUAACAGGGGAGGUUAGUAUUUUGGGGGAGGGUAUGAUAUUGUGUGUCUAACUUCCUUACUCAUAAUUAUUAACGAUUCAUUUGAGAUUAUUCGUAAUCAUAGUAGUCUCCACAUUAAUGCAGAAGUGUUUAGAAACAUUUUCCAAAAUGACACAAUACAUUAUUAACCAUUUAAUUUAUAUUGGGCACAAAAUAAUCUGUGUGUGUGUGUGUGUGUGUGUGGGGGGGGGGGGGUAUAGAGUAUAGAGCCAAAAGAAGAAAAAAUGCUUCACUGUCCCAGUAAUUACGGACUGCACUCUAUACGGCUUGGUUUUCCAAUAUUAUCAGGGUCUGGGAUAUGCGGUGAACUGACAAACUCAUGAGUGCAUUCAUAUGAUCUCAGUAUUGCACAUAGGUCCCAAUGACAAAAGUGAUAUCAGUUAAGCUUUACAGGACAGUGACCAACAUAUCGCAGUUUGUUAACCCCUUUUUUUAAAUGUCAGUUUUUUUGUGCAGAAAUGGCUAUAAAAAUCUAUGAGAACAUUAAGUGAACGUCAAAACAUGAGCUUGCUUCUUGUGGUGAUGUAUAGACUCGUGAUUGAGUGAAUCGCUAUAGCUUCGCUUAAACUCUGUGGAGUAUUAAACUGUUUAAACAUUAGCUUAGUUUACAAUCGGUUGACAAUUCAAGUUCACUUGUUCUCAAUUGGCUCAAUAUUAAGUAUGAUUACUGGGAAUUUCAAUUGACAAUUUAUGUUAAGGGAAAAAUGGUACCUAUGUUUUGCUAUGAUAGGCGUUUGGCUAUACAUCAUCAGGUGAGAACUGAAAUCUCAAUGAUGAAAUGUAAAACUAUACUGUGGAUAUAAUGUCCACGUAUAUUACUCAAGGCCAUUGUAUGACAUAUGGAACACUGUUUUAAAGUCAAAUGAUAUUUUCAUCAUGAUGAUAAUUAUGUGAAUUUUAUUGGUUAUUUUUUUCUCUUAAUUUUAUAUUGUUGAAUUGAUAGGUUGUCCCUUCUUGGAUUAUUGUUGAUCAUUUCUUCCAGUCCUCGCAUAUCGGUGGAACGAUUGAUCCCCCCCCCAUGGAAGAAAAUAAAGAGCCUUUUACUUCCCCCUUUUACCACUGAUGUGUCCCUGUGUGUUAAUUACUCUCUUUGACAAGUAGCAACACUCAUUGUUUUAUACUGAGAAGUGAGACUGUUCUCAAGUAUGGAAUCACAUUGUUUUAUACUGAGGAGAAGUGAGACUGUUCUCAAGUAUGGAAUCACAUUGUUUUAUACUGAGGAGAAGUGAGACUGUUCUCAAGUAUGGAAUCACAUUGUUUUAUACUGAGGAGAAGUGAGACUGUUCUCAAGUAUGGAAUUACAUUGUUUUAUACUGAGGAGAAGUGAGACUGUUCUCAAGUAUGGAAUCACAUUGUUUUAUACUGAGGAGAAGUGAGACUGUUCUCAAGUAUGGAAUCACAUUGUUCUGUCAGUUUUUCCUAGUUGGUAGAGAUUUAUUAAAUGGGUUUGUUUGUUUUGCCAAUGGAUAUGUAAGGGAAUUACUUGUUAAGUUGAACUGCACUAUGGGACACAGUGUAUAUUGUUGCUAUGAGGGAAAAGGACUGAUGUUUAAAUGUUUAAAAAAUAACUAAUAAAAUGUGUGAUUUCUUCCAAAUG